GGACCCAAAGACCCUCCUCCUCGUGCACCUGUGGGAACCCAGUGUUGUUUGUGAGCCAUCUGUUAUGGACGUUACAACAGCGUAGUGCUCUCCAUCCAUGUCUUCCUGAGGGGAAAAGUCGCUCUACUAUGCGCAAAAGGGGCCGACACGACGUUUAUUCCCUACUUUGCAGGAUUUUGGAACGCCAACGGGAUAGACGACGACGUUUCCGCGGAAGAACGAAGCGAGGACAAAGACAUUAGCGAACAUUGGUAAUGGGAAAUAUGAUACUGGUGACGCUACUGCUGCUUUACCUACCAACAGAGCUGCUCUCCAUCCAGGUCAUUGUUCCGGAAUCGGAGAGAAGCACGACUUUGUUUGCAUCUGUGAUCCUUCGCUGCGACUUCUCCACUUCCGCAAACCCUCAGGAUGUGCUGGUCACCUGGAGAUUCAAAUCCUUCUGUAAAGACCCCGUUCUGGAGUACUACUCCACUAGCUACCAGGCCGCCUUGCAGCUGGGUCAGGACCCAGCGAACGACUGUCCGGACCGUCAGCGCACAGUCCGCACUGUGAUCCGGAAGAGAGGCCUGAAUGAGCCCAUACUGGGUGUGGACUACCGAAACCGCAAGAUUACAGUUCUAGACAAGGCUAACCUGGCCAUUACUGAAGUAAUGUGGUCAGAUAACGGCGUGUAUUUCUGCAACAUUGACGCUGACGGCGACACCUCGGGGGACUCUGAUCGAGAAGUGAAACUCAUCGUUUAUCACUGGCUGACAGUGCUGUUAAUCAUCCUUGGCGUCCUCCUGCUCAUCAUGCUUCUCUGCAUAUGUUGCUGUCAGUGCUGCCCGCAGAAGUGUUGCUGCUAUGUGCGCUGCCCAUGCUGUCCUAGGACGUGCUGCUGCCCAGAAAAAGCUGUCAUGCAACACAGGAUGCUGCGUGAGGCCAAGAGGGCCAUGGUGCCUUGGAUGCACGGCCAGCCCAUUUAUGCCCCCAUCAGCUCCAAUAACUCCAUUCAGGGCGUCCCCAUGUUGUAUUCAGGCUCGUACUCAGACCCUGGCAAACAGAACUUUGCCAUGAUGCCCAUGCAGCUGUCCCCCAUGAACCUGCCACCGCAGCAGCCCGCUCCCCCCCACCACCUGAAUGGCAGCGCUAAAAGCAGCGUCCAAAACACGAGACAUGUGUUGGACUACCUCGAGAACCAGGUGAGGGGGCUGCCAAUGCACCCUGUUCAAAACAUGCACCAGUUAGCAGCUCAGCCUCCGCCGCCCCCUCCCGUAGUCCCCUACACUCACGGACCUCCCAGCAUGCUGUCGGCCCUGGAUGAGAUGGGUGUAAGAGGGACGGAGAGAAGGGUGAUCACCCUGCCUCCCAUCAUCCAGCGUGUACCCAGCUUCACUUCACACAAGGGGCCCAGAGGUGGGGAGCAGGCAAGGGGGGGGCAGCGCUUCUCCAGCCAGUCCAGCGGCAGCACCAACCCUCCCAGAAGGGAGGUUCAACGAAACAGUCGCGCAUACAGAGAUGUCUCUCCACCAAGACGUGGCAUCCUGAGAGACUACAGCGACGACUCCGACUGGGAGGGCAGGCGAGGAAGAACAAGCCAACAUAAGUGGAGAGACCGGGGUGGGGGUGGGCCCAGGCAUCGGACACGCAGCCGCGACGACUUGAUGGAGGAGCUGCAGAGCGGAACCUCACGGAGGGAGAGGAGCUACUCCCCUUCACGACGCAAAGGGUCCUGGAGCUCAGACGAAGACGACAGCAGGAAGAGAAGGGGGGGUCGAUGGAGGGAUUGGCCGGAGAAGCCCCCCAGCUACUCUUCUGUUGAGAGCCACCCUGGACACCCCAACGACCGCAUGAACUACAUCCAUCUUUCCGAUAGAAGCUCCCGUAGCAACACCAGCGUAGUCAUCUGAAACAUUUCUUUGCUUUCAAACCUUUCCUAAAUGGUGCAAAAUGAAGGCAAGCUGCUGCAUUUUUACCUGCGUCUCAUUUAAGGAUGUACUUGUUUUUAUUGUUUAGGUAGUCUUAAAAUGACAAUAUUAAUGGUUGUUAUUUUUCAUCAAAAUACUUUAUAGUAAGUUGUGUAUUUGUCUUGUUAACUGUGCUAUCCUGCCAGCCAUGAGAAGUGGAUUAUAAGGACUUUACUGUAACUUUAAUGUAAUGUUUUGUUUUGUUGUGUGUUAAUGAUGUGAAGUGUGCGUGUUUUCAGUAAAACUGCUAGAUACAACCUGUGUAGAAUAAAUAAACGUUGUGCCUGCCAUUGAGGAUUCACUGAAAAACCAUGUGAACAAAUUGGAACAACACUACACUAAGUAGAAGUCAAGACGUCCAGCAGAGGGCACAGAUGAUUGGAUUAACUAUUUUUCCCACGGUGUGGGCGGUAUUAACUUCUUUUUUACGUGGUAUUUCUUUUUAAGACCAACUCCAAACACAUUUUUCCAUUUGCAUGGGAUGGAUUCCAGAUGUAGGCGGGGUUAGAGCUGUUCUGACGCUCGCGUACUGGGAUCUGACUGGUCCCCUUGAUGUCUAAGCAGGAAGUUAGAACCAGAGAUGUUCCGAUUGGAUCAUUGUUUACAAUAGUGUGUAAAUGUUGUUCUAUGAGAAAGCAAGGGCAAUAUUGUGUACUUAGUCUUAUUUGAAC